AUGGCAAGCUUACGUCGAGAUACUCCAGCAGGACGCGCUGCUCUUGCCCGACGUCGCCAACGUGCUGCUGCUGUAGUGGACCAUUCGUCUCGCUUUGCCAAUGAAGAAGGAUUGGUAGACGGCACCGGUGCUCCUACUUCUAUUAGUCAGAACUUGGGUCAGCAUCAGCAUCAUUCUGCUGCUAGUAGUACGAGUGGCGGUGCCAGUGUGGAUGCUCCAGACUCAUAUUCUCAGCAUCAACAACAACGAACGAUUCCCCCGUCACACCAGGCACAACCACAACCUGCUUCGGCUGUGGAUAUUCAAUCACCCGACAAAUUAUUGGCACGCAGCGCCCAGGUGGCGCAGGCCGCAGCUUCGGUUCUGGCUUCGGUCCGGAAAAGUCGACAACCUCCGCCUCAGGCAGUCAAUACGAGUUUUGUCAGCGAAGAAGAAACAGAAGAAGAUGCUGUGGACUACUCGUAUUCGCACCAACCACAGCAGGAAUCCUUUUAUGAAAUGCCAGGAUACAAUCCCACCACGGAAGCCACCAAUAUAGCAUCGCAACUAUUGGCGGCCAAGCGACACAAUACCACUACUCGACUGCGACAACAGCAGCAGCAACAACAACAACGUACACCCAAUAAUCCGAGAGGAUACCAGCCCAGCAGGGAUGACACGGACGACGAACAAGAGGAGCAACAACAAUCCAGUAAUCAGCAGCAGCAAGUAGAACGGCGGCAAGGUGACGGGGAAACCAUGGAAGACUUAGAGCCACUCAUAGUAUCGAGUGAAGAUCCCUUUGAAACCAUUGAUUCCUGCACACUCUCAUCCGGGUCCAUUAUCAGUCUACGAUCCGUGGCGACUUCGGCGACCGUUACUGCCAGCAUUCAAAAUCAGAACAACAACAAUUCCGAAGAAUCCAUCGCGGUCGUUGCGGGGGCUGGAUUGGGGGCUCCCGAAGAAAUCUUUCAAAUUGUCAAAAUCAACACACCUACUUCUUCCAGUAGCAGCCAUCAAACCGAUGCCUCUUUGGAUCCAUCCUCGGCACUGCUACGGUGGGGAGAUACUAUUGCUCUGGUGUCACCACAUUUGGUAGAUCCAGCCAAUGAAAAACCAAUGGCAUUGGGUAUCAAACGGACGACUUCUACUGCAACCCGACAAGCCCCGCACAUUGGAUGGUUUCGAUCCACACGGGGACCAUCCGAAUUGUGGACCGUCCUUCGAGGUCCGGAUCGUCUCCAAACGCAACUCCGCAUUGGAUUGGCAUCCUUACAGAGUGCUCGCAUCCUGGCACAAAAUCGAGCCAAACAAGGAGCACUCACCCGACUGGUACAUUCCGGGGAUCCCAUUCUCCUGCGCCACAAUGAAACGGGAGGAUUGUUGUCCAUGUCAUCGUCAUCAUCGAAUAAUAAUGAUGGCUCCUUGGUACUCUUGUCGGAUGCCUACGAGGCACCACAGGGAGCCGUCAUGGAUUCCAUGACGCAGUUGCAACGCAACAACAGUCCCAGAGACUCUGAUACCUUUGUGUUGCUCGAAUCCAGUGUCCCGCCAUGUCCACGGUGGAUCUUGGGGGGAGGGACCAGCAGUAGCUGCAAUACAACCUACAACCCGAUAGGACAUCGCAUGUACUUGCAUCAAACCUUCACGGCAGAACCCAAUCGCAAUGGCGGAUCGAACAAUCUGCAGAAAAAACUCUUUGCAACGACUGCCAGGAAUACAAUGGCAGCCGCAGCUGCAGCACAACAUAAUAAUAAUGUCAAUCCAAAGAUGAUGAAGCUGGAAGAUCAAGAACGAAUUCUGUUGGAUGAAGUCAUUGGGGCAUGUUUGGGGUUGGAAGGAAAGUUCAUUCGCACCAAAAGGAUACCGGUGCAGCACGACGACGACGAAGAGAUGAAUGGCUUAACUGCUAUUAUGACACCGGAACAACUCGAAUUUGGUUUUGCCGAGGAGAACGACUCGUCGUUCUUUGACAGUGGUCUUGGAAACCUCGCCAGACAAGUACUGCCUCUGGCCACUGCCUACACACACGUGAGUGCUUUCCUAGGCGCCCAUCAGCCCGGAUACGAAUAUGGUAGCGUGAUGCAAGCGUUUUGUGAGGCGCUCGAAGCGAUUUUGAAGGAAUACGUUGAUUUUGUCGGAACUAUGGAGCAGCAGCUGAGGCAACCAGCAGUCCAAGAAGGCAGUGAAGGGGGCUUGACGUUACAACGCCUCCAUACGCACCUAAUGCCGUCAUUGGAAACCAUGUCUCUCUUGAAGCGUGUGACUGUUGCUGUAAAGAGCAAAGCAGGCGGUGCUCUUUUGAACUGCCUUGCGUCCAUCAAGUCCAUGUCGUGCGAGGGAGAUGUCGUCGCCAACAAGGUGCUUUCCUUCUUGCUGGACAGAUCCUCCAUUCCAUACAUGGGAAUGCUGACGACCUGGCUGCAGUACGGUCUUUUGAAGGAUCCAUACAAGGAGUUCAUGAUAGAAGUGCGGAAUCCCAUUGCGGGAGGAGGGCACUACAAUGGCACAUCGAAGCGCAAUGGGCGGCCGGACCUUAGCGAAGAAUCGUUUGUGCUCAAGGAUGAGAAUGUGCUCAGUGAUCUCGAAACUUCGGGCGCUUUGAUUCAAAAGGUGGCGGCAACCGGAAAGUAUCGGCGCGCAGUCAGAAUUUGUCAGUCAUCGGAAAGAAAGACGGCGCCACUCAACAGCGAAGAGGAACAGAACGGAGGGAAGCCAAAGUUUCUGCUUCGUUACGGGUUGGACUUUAACAGCCUCUCAUCCUUCAUUCAAUCGAUGUAUGAAGGUGCCAGCCGUGCACUGCAAUAUUUUCUGCUCGGUCAUGGCGACUUUUUGGACAGCUUCUUAGAUAGCGCCGAAGACGAGCUUGUAAAGGACCUCGGCGACAUUUCCAGCGGUCGGAUCCAGCAUUGGCUUCGAACGGCAGUCCAGUUGACGAACAAGGCCGACAGGCACACCAAGCAAUCAAAACAGACCACAAAGACACGACCAAGCCUUACUCCUCUGGCACUUCGGUGUCGAUUUGUGCCAAUCAGCCUGAUACAACACGUAGACUCCGUUGACUUUUCCGGUGAUGGUGAAAUAUCCCGCAGCAACAAGGAAUCGGCACGAGAAGACAGUCUCCUGGGAACGCCGUUGCGCGAUGCUGUGGGAAUCUCGAACAAGGGCUUGACGGGGGUCGAAACCUUUCUGUUGGAGUAUCCUUCGGUACCAUUCCCUUUGUCUCUGGUGCUGAAGGAGAGUGCACUUGACAGCUACCAGCUGCUCUUCCGUUUGCUCUUUUUCGCAAAGUACGCGGAACGCCGGCUUCUAGGGAUUUGGCAAGACCACAUGCAGGUUAAGGAGCUCAGCUCAGUGCGGGGUCUUUUUGGCCAAACCUUUUUACUGAGGCAACGAAUGCUGCACUUUGCACAAAAUCUGAUCUACUACUUUGUGUUUGAAGUUAUUGAGCCAAAUUGGCACCAGAUGGAGGAGACUAUCGGUAGCCCUUCCAAAGCAUACAGGCGAACGGUUGACGAUCUUGUUGCUAUCCACAACACAUUCCUCCGCAGCUCUCUUGAAGCAUGCCUGCUGACGAACAGGGAACUUGUUCGGACACUCAGCAAAAUCUUGACAACAUGCUUGAUGUUCGCGGAUCAGAUGAAGCUUUUCACUGAGGCAACGAGGAUUUACGAUGACAGCUCUCUCAUUGCUGUUGAGCGGCGAGAAGCUAUCCAACGUAGUUUGAACGAUCGAGGCAGUGGUGGUACGAAACACCCCGUGGACAAGAGUGCUGUCCGUGAAGCUCUGUCGUCAUUCAAACAAGACAGGCAAGUCAGGCUGAAGAAACAGAAACGACGAGUGGGACGAGAGCUAGCCAGCGAGUCAUAUCGACGCAUGGUUGGAAGGUUUGAAGAGGUAUUCAGCGCCUAUCUCUCAGAAUUCAUGACACAGUUGAACGGGGAUGUCGGCACAUCCAAUCAUACUCACCAAACCAACCUCAGCAGUCGCCUAGACUACAACGGAUUUCUCUUUUCCUCGGUUCAGAAUUAUGUCAAUUAG